GCCGUGACGUUGGAGCGUGCUGGCCUGGGAGCAGCCGAACUGUCGCCGGUGUGUGUCACGGGAGCGCGGACGACGUUGGCGGGCUGUGAGAUGACUGUUACCAACUUCGGCACGAUGCGCCCCUGCUUCGCUGGUUACCCGUUCCAAGGCCAGGGCCGCGUGAACCAGCUGGGCGGCGUGUUCAUCAACGGGCGGCCGCUGCCCAAUCACAUCCGUCUGAAGAUCGUCGAGAUGGCGGCGGCGGGCGUACGGCCGUGCGUCAUUUCGCGGCAGCUGCGCGUGUCGCACGGCUGCGUCUCCAAGAUCCUCAACCGCUACCAGGAGACCGGCUCCAUCCGGCCCGGCGUCAUCGGCGGCUCCAAGCCGCGCGUCGCCACCCCGGAGGUGGAGGCGCGCAUCGAGCACUACCGCCGCGAGAACCCCGGCAUCUUCAGCUGGGAGAUCCGCGACAGGCUGAUCAAGGACGGGCUGUGCGACCGCAGCACGGCGCCCUCGGUGAGCGCCAUCUCGCGGCUGCUCAGGGGCCGCGACGGACACGACGACGGCAAGCUGCCCGACGGCAAGACGAGCGACGGCAGCGACUGCGAGUCGGAGCCGGGCAUCCCGCUGAAGCGCAAGCAGCGCCGCAGCCGCACCACCUUCACGGCGCAGCAGCUGGACGAGCUGGAGAAGGCGUUCGAGCGCACGCAGUACCCCGACAUCUACACCAGGGAGGAGCUGGCGCAGCGCACCAAGCUCACCGAGGCCCGCAUUCAGGUGUGGUUCAGCAACCGGCGCGCGCGCCUGCGGAAGCAGCUGUCGAGCAGCGCGGCGGGGUACGCCCUGCCGGCCGGCUACCCCGCGCCGCAGUACCUGCUGCCCCCGGACUCCUUCGCCGCCUCCACCACCGCGCCGCCUCCAGGCCUCAGAGUAGGAAGAACAGGAUAG